AUUCACUCAGGAAGCGACACCUCGCCGGCGUUUCCGCUGAAACCCCGAUAAAUGACCUUAAUUUGAAGAAACGCUCGUUUAAAUAUCCGCAAUUCGCUCAAUUAUUAAUAUAGAUGGGCUUCUUUUGAUCGAAUGUUUAGUCGGGGAGGGAUGUAUGGCGAAAGCUGCUGGAAUGUCGAUUAUGGAAAUGAGUAGCACCAUGUCCACCAGUAAUCUGCCACCCCUGCGUAACCUGCCCAGCUGGACCAGGGUUCGAGAUCUGGACCGGGUGAGAUACCCCAGACUUCUGUCCAGCGACUGCAUGGUCAGAUCACCACCCCUGGACAUCAAGAGCCCGAAAGCGGCCGCCCAGCCCAGGACGGAUGCGCACGGCGCACGCAGCGCAUCUCUGGAGAAAGAUAUUCUGUUCCUCCAACAACAGCAUAAAGACACAUUGGAGAGGCUGCAUGCAGAAAUCGAAGAUCUGAAGCGUGUUAAUAAAGAAUUACAGUAUCAGCUGAUUAUGGAAAAUGAAAAUUCUCCAAAAGAGACCAUAUGGUCCGGCAGUAAUUCUUCAAAAUCCAGCAGCGAUGGCUCAGCCGAGAAGAAUUCCCAGAGUGGAUUCAUCAGCUCAGAGGAGGUGUCCGAGGGAGGAGGAGGAGGAGGUGGUGCAGUCACGUCUCUGCUGCCUCUCAGGAUCACCUGCAGCCCGUCCCAGCAGCCCCGGACCCCGACGCUGGACGAGUGCGAGCUCAUCAUCCGGCAGCUCUAUCACGCCAACACCGCACAGUAUCAGGAGCUGCUGCGGAUCAAGACGGUCCUCAGAGAAAUCACCUCCAAAAACAGAUCAGCUGCUGAAGUUUUCUCACUUGCAAGAGCCUCGCUCUGCGACAACAGCAGGGGUGAAGUUUUUGAGCAUUUUCCACCACUACCUCUCAGACCACUGCCAAAGAAACAGAACCCGAGUCACGCCGGUCAAAGAGAAAGCGUGCUUCUCCCGGCCAUCAAACGCAAUCUCAGCAGCACCAUGUCAGAGCGGCAGAGGAGAGCCCAAGACGUGCACAGACUGCGUCUCAGGAGAGCGGUGAACUCUUAACCGUCCUUUGCAGUGAAGGGCGACGUAAGGAACGAGUGAAUGUCUGUUGAUCACAUUUGAAUCCCCGAUGAACUAAAUAAGAUU